GAGCCUCCCAGCAGGGCCUCACAGCCCUGGCCCAGAAAGGGACCUUGCCAAGCUUUUCCUGUUCUUAUGUUUCUCUCCUUUCCAGAACUCUGGGCACAGAGAUCAUGGGGUUUCUCAGUUUUCUGUACUUAGUCGGGUUCAAUCGCUAUUAAAAGGAAAGCGGGGGUGGGGGAGGGAGCGUGGAGAUGAAAACAUUUGGGGGACCCCUCUUGAGAGAGAGGAAAAGUGCUUUCCCACUGUUAGAGGAGCAGGAUGUUUCAACUGAGGUCUAUUUAGCCGCUUCUCAUGGUCAAAUUGUUUAGUUGGCCCUUAAUAGCCUAAAACAGGAAGCUUGAGGAUCGCUGUUGAAGUACACCAGGUUAAAGGAGACAAAAGCUGGUAAUUCUGGUAAACCGUCACCGUGGCUCUAAUUCCCCAGGUAUCAAGAGAAGAAAACCGGCAAUUGUAUCAGUGCGCAUUUAUUGGGAAUAAAGGCUACCCAUAUCUCAAAGGAGUAAAUGCUUGCAAAUAAUCUGAAACCGCGGAAUACAAAUUCUUUGAAAAAUGAGAUUUUUAAGUAGGUCGUGAAAGUGGCCUUAAUGUUACUGCCUUAUUCUAGUGACAAUUCAUUUCGAAAUUUGACCUUUUAAUCAUAUGUAAAAUGGGAAAAAUGAAACGUUAUUACACAAACACAAAGAUGUGAGACCGGUGAGAAGAGAAGGUGCCCUGAGCCGCUACCCAGGCGCAAGGAUCUUUUUCUUGGUUGUUAAUGCGGGACUACGGCGAAAGAGCCCUAGGCCCGGGGAGGACCUCGAGAUUUCGGGCCCGGGGCCCGGCAAUGCAGGUGAGCCGCGCAGAGGCAGCACUGGGACCGGUAGGUCGAAAGCAGUAGACGCGACUCCCUCCGCCGCACCUGUCCGCUUUACGAGUGGCCGCGGCUGCAUCCCGGCCCUUGCCAGUGGGGCUUUCCGGAAGUUCCACCUUCCGAAAAUUUGCUUCCGGUUCCGCUCACCGCUUCCGGUCGCCAUGGCGACGGGGCGCCUUGGGGUCGGGGAGACUCUGGGGGCUCUCAACGCUGCCCUGGGGCCUGGCGGCCCUGUGUGGCUCAAGGAGACGCGCGCCCGCCACCUCCGUGCCCGAGACUUCCUGGCGCCGCGAGGCGCACUGCGGGCGCGCUUCGAGGACGGGCAGGUGCCAGAGCAUGUUUUCCGUGCCGUCGCCUGCCUGCAGGGCCCCGGUGUGGCCCCAGUGCUGCGCUGCGUGCCGACCCCCGCGGGUCUGUCGCUGCAACUGCACCGACCAGCUGUAUUCGAGCGCGUCCUCCGCGCGGUGGCUGCCUAUGCCGCACCCGCUACGCCUGCCUCCCUGGGCCCGCGCGUCUUACUGCACUGUCCCGCGCUGCGUGGCUCCCCUUGUGCACUCCGCCUGAGCCAGCUGCGUGCCGUGCUCGUGGCCGAUCACCUAGCGCGAGCUCUUCGUGCUCACGGGGUGUGCGUACGCCUAGUGCCUGCUGUGCGGGAUCUGCACAUGCUGACCUUCCUGCAGCAACUGCGGGUGGACUGGCAGGUGGACUGGUCCCCUGCCUCGGAGAAAGCCUCAACCGAAACCCUCAGGAGCCGCGCACUUGCAGAGCUUACCUCUGCUCAUGACCGGGAGACGCUGCCCCCCGGCGUCCUGGGCAGAUUGUGCCUGAAGGAGCUGGUGGAAGAACAGGGCCUGGCAGCUGGCUAUGAUCCCAACCUGGACAACUGUCUGGUGACUGAGGAUCUGCUCUCUGUGCUGGCCGAGCUACAGGAGGCUCUGCGGUAUUGGCCGGAGGACAGCUACCCAGGCCUGGCUGGGGCUGACAGCUGCACAGUCGUACACGUGGUGAGCUGUGAGGAAGAGUUCCAGCAACAAAAGUUGGACCUGCUUUGGUGGAAGUUGGAUGACCAGGCUCCACUCAGACAGAAGCACCUGGUCUGUGGCCCAGUGAAAGUAGUUGGUGCACCCGGCACUCUGAUGACUGCCCCUGAGUACUACAAAUUCCGGCAUGCCCAGGUGUGCAAGGCCUCAGCUCUCAAACACAGUGAAGAUCUGGCACAAGACCCAGCCUGGAUAGAGAGCUUUGGAAUUCUCUCUGUGGCCACCAUCAAGUUUGAGAUGCUAAGCACAACCCCACAGAAUCAGCUCCUCCUGGCCCUAUUUGACAGCAGCAUCUCCACAAAGGGCACAAAGAGUGGCACCUUUGUCAUGUACAAUUGUGCCCGUCUUGCCACACUCUUUGAGAGUUACAAGCUCAGUAUGGAACAAGGUCUGUACCCUGCUUUUCCACCUGUGAGCAGUCUGGACUUCUCACUGCUACAUGAUGAGGGUGAGUGGCUGCUGCUCUUCAACAGCGUCCUCCCCUUCCCGGACCUGCUGGGACAGACAGCAGUCCUGGACUGCACAGCCCCAGGGCUGCACAUUGCUGCACGCACAGAGAUGAUGUGCAAGUUCCUGGUACAGCUCAGCAUGGAUUUCAGCUCAUACUAUAACCGGGUACACGUCCUAGGGGAACCUCGACCACACCUCUUUGGUCAGAUGUUCGCCCGCCUGCAGCUUCUGAGGGCCGUGCGUGAGGUGCUCCACACUGGCCUGGCUAUGCUGGGUCUCCCUCCACUGAGCCACAUUUAAGGCCACAAGGCCCAGAUAUAUGGGAAUGUUCACAAAGUCAUCAACUGGAAAAAACGCAAAACCCCACACAUGUUGUUAGGAGCCUGGAGCCAAAAUAAAUUGUUUUGUUGUACAAA